AUGAGCUCCGGCAUACCGCCCUGGCGUGCCAGCGCGUCAGCAACCACUACUGCUCUCUUUCCAAACCAUGCUACUCCGGCAUAUAUACCGGUUCAAGCACGCCGUAGCCUCACCAAACCAGCCUCGAGUUCCACUACCCCUGUUUCAUCUCAGCCAACAACAGCCGCAGCAGACGCAGCCGACCGCAAACGAGUAGAUUGGCCGGAUCCUGUCCGCAUGUAUGUACAACGGAGUUUCGCUCCCGAUCAGCAAAUCCCGGGGGUCACUAGGGUGGAGAUGGAGACCAAGUUGAAGUCGGUCAUAACGAACGCAGCAGAGACAGACAUGCUCGGCAAGAUUGAUUGGGAGACCCUACCGUUGCCCCAGAUCAUGGUGCAGAAUGAUAAAACAAGGGUAUUGGCUAAUCCCGAGGCCUCAACAUGGGGAUCGCCCUACGCUACUGCCCCAACAUACAAGCGCGAUGCACCUGGUGCCGACGACAUGUCUAAGAAAAGGAAGUCGGCUGAGUACCAAGCGGUUUCAGGCGCCUACCCACCGUGGAGGCAAACUAACAGAUCAAAUGCUUUUGAAGAUCGAAUCACUUAUUCCCCAACAGACAAACGACAACGACUAGAUUUCCAAAACUCAAGUAGUAAGUCCAAAGCUAAUCUGGAAAUGCGGAAGAGACGUUUUGAGGACCCCAGAGGAGGAUAUGGAUCAUCGCCGUCGUCACGAGGCGCUUCUCCAACGCCCGCCCCAUCUGGUCCCGUGGUUGGAAGAUGUCAGGACCUGGAGAAGCGUUAUUUCCGUUUGACUUCGGCGCCGAAUCCGGAUACUGUCCGACCCCUCUCUGUGCUUGUGAAGACUCUGGAUCUUCUAAAGAAGAAGUGGAAAAAGGACAACAACUAUACCUAUAUCUGUGACCAGUUCAAAUCGUUACGCCAGGACUUGACCGUGCAGCAUAUCAGGAACGAGUUUACCGUCAGUGUCUAUGAGAUCCACGCUCGUAUUGCUUUAGAGAAGGGAGACCUUGGUGAGUAUAAUCAGUGUCAGACACAGCUGCGAGCUCUGUACACACAGCAACCGGGAGGUCACCCGACCGAAUUUAAGGCAUAUCGCAUUCUCUACUUCAUCCACACUCGGAACUGGACGGCCAUGAACGAUGCCCUAGCCGAUCUAACCCCAGCAGACAAGCAAAGUGGUGCUGUCAAGCAUGCAUUGGAUGUGCGGUCUGCGCUGGCCCUUGGAAAUUACCACCGGUUUUUCCAACUUUAUCUUGACACUCCGAAUAUGGGAGCUUACCUGAUGGAUAUGUUUGUUGAUCGCGAGCGACUAUCUGCUCUUUCCGCCAUUUGUAAAGCAUACAAGCCAGACGUAAAAAUCCGCUUCAUCACCGAAGAGCUAGGCUUCGAGUCCGAUGAGCAGAGUGCGCGCUUCAUCCUGGACCAUAGCGCGGAGGACAUGCUAUUGGAAAAGGACGGAGCCGUCAGACUGCUUACAGGGGUCAGAACAGCCCAAUAUUUUGAAACGGCCAAAGCCAGCGCCCAUCGCGUGAUUGAUAUCAAGGGUCAGAUAUAA